AGGUAUAGCAAUGCGGGAAACUUUGCUUGGAAUUUUCUUAGUAUUUAUUGCUUUCUUCAGCGAAUUAGCGUCUGCUACCGUUGUUUUUAAGCCGUUCUCCAUUUCCUUGCCGGACCUUCCUGCCAGAUUCGCUGUUGGGAAUAACACUGCCGUUUGCGGUGCUCUUGAAGUGGCGGAUCCCUUGGAUGCUUGCAGUCCGCUCCGAAACGAAUUCGGAUCCAACAAAAGUGAUCCUGUAAGGUUUGCUUUGAUAAUUAGAGGCAAUUGUUCUUUCGAGGAGAAAAUCCGAAACGCUCAAAAUGGGGGAUUUUCUGCCGCAAUUGUUUACGAUGAUAAAUAUAGUAGCAAUUUAGUCUACAUGAUGGUGAACCCUAAAGGAAUCAACUUGCUAGCUGUUUUUAUUUCUAAAUCUGCUGGUGAAUUUUUGAAAGAUCAUGCCAGAGGUGAAAAAGGGGAAUGCUGUAUUUAUCCACAGUUGAAUGGGAAAGCGUGGAAGAUCUUUGCUAUUUGUUUCCUAUCACUUGUUGUUAUAGCAGCUUUUUUGGUGAUAGCCUUUAUUGCACCCCGAAGCUUGUCGAAUUGGCGAAGAAGAAAUUUAGUAAAAAGUGUGGAUACUAAAACGGUUGAAGCUCUUCCACGUGUUGUGUUCAGUUCCGACCGAUCCAGUACUUUUGCAGAAACUUGUGCAAUUUGCCUCGAGGAUUAUAAUGAUGGGGAACUUCUUAAAGUGCUUCCUUGUCAACAUGAUUUUCAUUCAAGUUGUGUAGAGUCAUGGCUGACUAAGUGGGGAACAUUCUGCCCUGUAUGCAAACUCGAUAUGACAACCCAGUUUGCAUAUUCUGAGAUCAAGAGGAGCAGCAGGGUUUAGAAUCAAUUAUUUAUAACUGAUGGCUUGUUUUCUAUCAGGUGUGCUUUCUGUGCUUGAAAGGGUCAUCCCCAUCACAAGUCUGUUUCUGCACCCGUCUCUUCACAUCAUGCACAAAAUGUCCGGGAUGAUGCUGAUGUAGCCUUUUAUUGCCCAGCCAUUAUAGUAUAUUUACUGCAGCAUGAUAGGUAACAACUCAUCUUCUCGGCAUCGAAUUGAUUGGUACACCGGUGUCAAGCCAUCUAAUUUUCAACCAAAGGGUCAAAAACCUGACAGUCUUUCCAGCACGAAAUCCUUGUAAAUGGAACUUUCAUCUAGUCCAGAAAUGGUCGAAUUAUGUAAACAAAGCUCCUUGGAGGAUAUUCAUACUAGUCUUUCACCAUUUUCUAUUUUUCAUGUAAAGUAUGAACAAGAAAGAAACAACCAAUAAAUGGAACAAUUGAUUAUUGCC